AUGUUUCUUCCCGAGAAUCUUGAUCAGUGGGAAAAGGAAGAAAAAGAACGAAAGGCUGCGUUUGAAAAGAUUGAAGCAUGGAGUUUGGAGAUGAUACCGGAGGAAAUUCGAAAAGAUGCCUUUGUCGCAGUCCGAGAGAUGGCUUGUGGUGAUCCCAACUGUUCUCCUGUGGACACGGCAGUGACUAUCUUGUUUGAAAGUGGAAUCGACGGAAUAUUUGGGGUCCCCAUGAUGGCAAAAGACAUCACAAAAGAAGAUCUAGCAUUCGGUUUCCCCCCUGCAGAGGUAUUGCACAAGUGGAAGCUUGGGGAAGAUGUGGAUUGGGCAUCCCCACGCCGUGACGACUACGACGAUGAUUUGUUCGCGCCAAUGCUGCCACAAGACAUGCCAGCAUUGCGAUUUGAUAUUGGACAAAAAGUACUCUGCCGCACUGGUCCAGAUGCGGAGAAAGAUUGGUCUCCAGGAACCAUCAUUCUUCAGUGGUAUCAUAAUGCAAGUUGGCCGGAGGGUUCCUAUGCUCCUUACAAAAUUCGACUGGACGACGACCGAGAAAUCUUUGCUCCAGCUGACAUUGACCAAGUGAUCAAGAAAGAGUUGCCAGAGGAACUCGAAGCUUCAGCUGAAAAAGAAUGA